ACCCACCAUGGCGAAGCAUCACCCGGAUUUAAUAUUUUGUCGGAAACAACCAGGAGUAGCCAUAGGACGUCUUUGCGAAAAAUGCGAUGGAAAGUGUGUAAUUUGUGAUUCCUAUGUGAGACCCUGCACUCUUGUAAGAAUUUGCGACGAAUGCAACUACGGGUCUUACCAGGGUAGGUGUGUUAUAUGUGGUGGUCCUGGCGUUUCGGAUGCCUACUACUGCAAGGAGUGCACAAUCCAGGAGAAAGACAGAGACGGCUGCCCCAAGAUUGUCAAUUUGGGAAGUUCAAAGACUGACUUGUUCUAUGAAAGGAAAAAGUAUGGCUUCAAAAGACGAUAGAGAGAUUUAUCGGAAGUUUUUAUAAGAUUUUGAUAAUUGUAAUUUAGGAAAGGUUGAUAGAUGUGUGGUUUUGCUAAACUGUGGCAAGUAAAAUACAUACCAUAUAUUAUAAAAAUUCAUUUAUUUUAAAUAUAAAUGCUGUCUUAUGGUUCCAUGCAGUUGAACUAUUACUGCUAAUUUUGAAAUAAAUUAAUUCAUUGCCAAAGA